AUGUCAUCCACAACCAGAUCUUCCACCGCCAUGAACGGCGACAAACCACCGCGCAUGAGAAAGAAGAUGAGGAAGCAGUCUCCGGAGACCUCGAUCUUGUCCCUUCCUUACGAUUUGCUAUUGAAUUGCUUAGCGCGCGUCUCUAGAUUGUACUACCCAACUCUCUCCCUCGUCUCCAAAAGGUUUCGAUCAGUCGUUGCAUCACCGGAUCAUUACGAGACACGUUCUCUCUUACACCGUACUGAGAGUUGCCUCUAUCUGUGCUUACGCUAUCAUCGACGUAACCCUCAUGAUCCCAACAAAUAUUGGUUCGCUCUCUGCCGUAAACCAAAGGGAACCAUAAACGACCAGUCAAGUGGACAUCUUUUCAUUCCAAUUCCAUCUCCCCAUUUGCGUCCUGCGGAAUCUAUGAGCAUCGUAGCCGUUGGAUCUAACAUCUACAAGAUCGGCGGGUACAUGCCCUCUUCUUCUAGAGUCUCGGUCCUUGAUUGUCGGUUCAACACGUGGCACAAGGCUCCAAGGAUGCAACUGAAGAGGAGCUCACCUUCGGCGAGCUUACUUGAUGGGAAGAUAUAUGUUGCAGGAGGCUGUGAAGACUCCAGUUCUGUGAACUGGGUUGAAGUCUUUGACCCAAAGACCCGAACUUGGGGAAAUGUGGCGAACCCUGGCACCGAGACACGCCCACGAGCUGAAGUCGAAAGCUUUGGAAUUAAAGGAAAGUUGUACCUCCUUGGUGAUGAGAAUAUGGUUUACGAUCCCGUGGAAGCUAGAUGGAACACAACUACAUCCAAGGAGCAUCCCACCAACGACAGCUGCUGGUGCAACUCUAGCUGUUACCUCUGCUUUGAUUUACUAUGGAGAUCAGACCACAUAGACAACGGCAGAGAUUAUUAUCCUUACACUCCCGUCGAGAAGAGGGCUCAAGUUGAUGCUUGA